ACUUACUACUGCUUGCUACUAAUGUUUGUUUCCAAAUGUAAGAUUACUAAAUAUUUGGUGAAUAUUACUACCAAUUACUACCAAAAACCAACACAUCACUACUGACUUAUGUCACAUUCACGGCGUUUUAAAAUACAAUACAGGACAACCCUAGUAUUCGCCGCGACGUCGGCAGUGGAUGUUGUGUGUGUUUUCGCAUUUUGCGAAAUGUUAUGACGUGCAGUUACUGUCUUUGUUUUAAUAACAUUCGGACAGUCAUACUGAACCUUUUUAUAUUAAAUAAUGUAAUAAGGCGAAUAGGGAACGUUAGCCAGUAGCCUUAUUGCAAUGUUUGUUUCCAAAGUAUGAUCGUGCCAACAACAGGAGUUAUUAGCAUAGUUAGGUGUUCGCAUUGGUUAAGUUUUGUAAAUGUUGUGCCAACAAUGAGAUAGUGUAGUGUUGUGAUGUGGUUGUGGGACAUGUGGGGUGUGCUAUGGGUCGUACAGGCAGUGGCGCAGCUGACUGCCGUGUUGGCGACGCCGCUGGAGCCAGCAUUGAACUUACGAGGGGUGUCGCUGACUCCGUUCGUGCGGCACUGGCAGCCGGCGCAGUACUCUCCGUUAGAUGGCGCACGCCGCCGGCGCUCGCUGCCCCCGCAGCCCCCGCCCGACCCGCCGCCCCACCGCCCGCAAGCGACCGUACCGUCCGCUCCGCAGCCGCUACGAAUCUCAUUCACAGCUCAUAACAGAGAGUUCCGAUUGAUUCUGCGGCCAGACCCGAGUUCUGUGUUCGCGGAGGACGUGCAGUUCCAUUCUUCAGCGGGGCCUCUACAGUAUAACACAGCGCAGGUCUACUCCGGCAAGCUAGAAGAUGACGACACAUCUCACGUAUACGGCGUCAUUACCGCUGAGGGCCUCUUCGACGGCACGAUAUGGACGACCGGCGAGGAGUAUUAUGUGGAGCCCGUGUCUCGUUACAACAUCGAGCACCCCGCGAUGCAUAGCGUUAUCUACCGCCGCUCAGACGUGCAGCAUCCACCACGGACCGAGGGCCAGCCCUGUGCAUCACACCUCCUCCAUCUCAAACGAACCCUCGGACAUCACGCAGAAUUAUUCAAUUUUACACACCAUUCCAAUACAAACAAAGAUUCUCACAUACACAACAACACAGAUGAUCUCACCACAGAAAUACAUCGACGGAAGAAACGAUGGCUUCCCGAAGAUGAAAUGCAAGACGAUCAACCGAUGAAAAAUCCAGAUCUACCAUUAGAUUUAGAUGUACCUUACACGAGCAACAGCGAUCCUUUCGAUAAGUUUAGUACUAGGAAACCUAAAACGAAAAUCGAUAAAAGUAACCUCAUCACUAAAGUGAGAUUAGAUUCGGAAGAAACUAGACCGAAACCAAAGACUCACGUUGAAGUCAUAAAAACUAAAGCAGGUGUUGUAACGGUCAGUAAGGAUAUAGUUAAAAAGGAACCCAUGGGGUUUACUGUAUUGACAGCUAAUGCGACGGACGAUGGGAGACAUGUAAAUAAAAGGGCCACCGUAGACCCUAGGAAGACUACAUGCUUGGUGUACCUGCAAGCUGAUCAUAUGUUCUACCAAAGAUACGGCUCCGAGGAGGCGUGUAUAGAAGUGAUGACGCGACACGUACAGAAAGUUAAUGCCAUUUAUAAAGUAACAGAUUUCAACCAAGAUGGAAAAGCAGAUAAUAUUACGUUUAUGAUAAAAAGAAUAAAAGUUCACACUUUAGAUGCUUUAAAAGAUCCCGCGUAUCGAUUUCCGAAUAAUUAUGGUGUUGAAAAAUAUUUGGAGCUGUUCUCGGAGGAAGACUACGAUGCCUUCUGCCUAGCAUAUAUGUUCACGUACAGAGACUUCGAGAUGGGUACGCUGGGUUUAGCGUGGACUGGUGAUCUCAAGAAUGCGGGCGGCGUGUGUGAAAAGAAUGGCCACUACCGGGGCAGCAUGAAGUCUUUGAACACAGGCAUAGUGACGCUGCUCAACUACGGCAAGCACGUGCCCCCCGCUGUGUCCCACGUCACGCUUGCGCAUGAGAUCGGACACAAUUUCGGAUCACCGCACGAUCCAGAAAUGUGUACUCCAUUCGGCGAGGACGGCAACUACAUAAUGUUCGCGCGCGCCACCAGUGGAGACAGGAAGAACAACAACAAGUUCUCGCCGUGUUCACUGCGCGCCAUAGAUCCCGUGCUCAACAACAAGGCGCGCUCACCCAAAGGAUGCUUUACAGAGCCUCAGCCAGCGAUCUGCGGCAACGGCGUGGUGGAGGAGGGCGAGGAGUGCGACUGCGGCUGGGCCUCCGAGUGCACCGAUGUGUGUUGCCGCCCUCAGGCCGCGCGCCCACAUUACAAACCUUGCACGCUCACUGAGCACAGCGUCUGCAGUCCCAGCCAGGGUCCGUGCUGCACGGCAUCAUGCACGCUGAAGUUCGGUGACAAGUGCCGGUCGGACAACGGAUGUCGCGACGCCGCGCACUGCGACGGCCGCCGCGCCGCCUGCCCCGCCAGCAGGCACAAGCCGAACCGCACGCGCUGCGACAAGGAACUCGUUUGCUUCAUGGGAGAGUGCACUGGGUCCAUCUGCCUGGCGUACGGGCUGGAAUCGUGCCAGUGCGGCGCGCGCGCAGACGACCCGCGCUCGGCGUGCGAGUUGUGCUGCCGCGCGCCGGGCGGGCCCUGCCGCUCCUCCUUCCAUUGGAACACGCCGCCCUACGACGUGCCCGACAUGUACGCCAAGCCAGGCACGCCCUGCAACGAUUACAAUGGAUACUGCGACGUAUUCCAGCGCUGUCGCGAGGUGGACCCGUCGGGCCCGCUGGCGACGCUGCGCAAGCUGCUGCUGUCGGACGAGAGCCUGGCGGGCUUCCGGCGCUGGGUGCUGCGGCACUGGUACGCCGUGCUGCUCAUACUGCUCGCCGUCAUCGCACUACUGUUUGCAAGUACCCGUUUCCUCGGCCGUCACGCUAAGAAGCUCAAGUCUGUCACUAUCAUCCACUCCUCGACCACAGAGACUGUCCGCCUGCCUGAUGCCGCUGACCAGGGCCUCAUAGUGCACACCGCUGUUAGAUCUAAACUGCCUCUAAAGAAGAAAGUAGCUCUACGAACUCGCGCUUACAAGAUAAAGAAGGACCACCAGCACAAACAGGGAGACAAGGCAUCGCCCUCCUACAACGCUAACAAGAAGAGGAAACCAAACGCUCUAUCGAAGCCAGAAGAAAGUCAUAAAGUAACAAAAGAAAGUGCAGCAGUCGUCACGAACUCUGACGGAAAGUCUCCGAAACACAUCCUGCUGACCAAACAUAAAGGAAAAGUGAAGAAACGCAAGGCGAAGGUGAAGAGCGCGACGAUAGACUACAGCUCGAUGCAGAAACAUCCGGCCUCUCCCGUCAAGGACUCCGAGGCCUUGUCCAAAGUGCAAAAGUGGCUGCUCAGCUCGCCGCAGCCCACAGCCAUACCCAAGUCCAAGUCCAUCCCCUUAGGUCUCACAGAACGAACGAGCCGACAAGUUGCGAAAGGUGCUCGGAAAACUAGGCCCUCCAAGAGCGCCACCAAUCUGCUCUCCGGCGAGAAGGCUCGACUCCAGGUCGUGUUCAAGCCACCGUUCAGAUUCAGCGUUAAGAUUUGUAAAAGUGACAAAGCUAAAGUCGUUUUGGACAAAUCGUCGAAGCCCGACGUCGACAGAAAACGCCACGAUCUCAUCCAGCAGCUCAGCUCGACCGACCUCGGUAAAGCCAACGCUAACAAACCCAAGCAUACCAGUGUGACAAAGACUACUGUAGAUAACACGACUACCAGUACUAACUCGGAUAAGACGCAGGGCCAAGAUACAGUCGCGCACGGAUACGAGAACCUGCUCCCGCGCAGCGCCAGCGACUGCAAGCUGGGCAAGAAGCUGCCGGAAGCGAAACAUCGCAGCGGACACAAGAAGAGCAACUCCGUCGGACAAAACCGGGAGACCACCGAGAGCAGACAGAAUCUGAUCUCGCAGGAGGACGGCGACGCCAACUGCCACGUGUACGAGAACGUGCUCAUGUCCGACAAGGACGGCUUCGUGCCCCGCAGCUGCAGCAUGCCGCGCCGCCAGCCCCCCGCCGCCAUCGCGCGCCAAGCCAGCCACGGACAUCUGCCGCGCGCCCAGCCCCGUCCCCACCCCGCCGCGCACCGCCACAGCGCCAGCAACGUGCGCGCCCGCACCGCCAGCACCGACGAUCUCGACCACUUCUACAACAUCAUAGACACGCUGCGCCGCGACAACACCGCCUGCGACACCAACACCACCAGCUCCUCCGGCAGCAGCCGACGCGACGCCAAGUCGCGCCCGAGCAAGUCCUCCCGGCAGAACAGUCUGGUCGACAAGGCGCGGGUGACGCCCACCGACGGCAAAAUGAGACGGCAGUCGAGCGAGGCGGAGCUGGCCCAGGCGAAGCCGGAGGGUCCCCGCGGGUUCCAACUGGUCGUCGGCAAGGAUAAGUUGAAGCGACAGCUGAGCGACAACGAGCUGAGCAGGUCGCGGCUGCAGCUGGCGAUGCCGAUGUCCGCGGGCGCCGAGCCGCGGCAGGCCUUCUGUUGGAACAAGCGCGCCAGCCUCGACUGCGAGUCCUCGCUGCCGGCCGCCUCCCACAACCCGCACAAGCCCCGGAGCAAGCAGAAAGCGACAUACACCUUCGGCGAACUGAAGAAUACCGUCCCCAACGCGACUGACUCGAGCGAUGGCAUCCACAUCUCACCGGAGGACUUCCUGAAGAUCAUAGACAAUUAACAUUCCAUAGACUACUAGUUGUAAGUUUUUUAAACUAUGAACAAAUAAUCGAUGUGUAUAUUAGAUAUAACUCCAAUGUAUCUAUUGACGGCUGAUGUAAAUAUUGUAAUUUGCUUUUAAUAUAAGAUUAACGUAACCUGCCACUGAAACAGGCCAUUGUUCAGUUGUAUGCAAAAACGCAUACUAAAAGUAACUCUUUUAAAUAGCAACAAUACAACAAGACAAGGAUUCAAUGCUAAAAGUUCUAUAUGAUACCUAAUCAUAUUGUUUUCUUAUAGUUUUUUACUCCUAAGUUCACAUCGGCUUACAUAAAAUCUCGUCCUUAACUUCUUUAUGGUUCUAUGCUUCUCUAUGGUAUAAAAUUUUAUUUUAAUCUGUGACAAUUGUCAAUAUGUCAACAUUUCCCGCCAUGGUAAUGUUUGGACUAGCAAUGGUCUCGUUUCACUGAACCAUCUCUAUAAAGGAAUCUCUAUUUUUUCUACAUACUAUGUACCUAUUGUACAAAUUAACUCAUACAUAUGUAAAGUGUUCAUAUGCUGUUACUUUAUAUAUAGCAUUAUUCAAAUAAUUUUACGCAAAUCCCUUUUUAUUCUGUAAUGCAUAUUAUUUUAUCGCCUCUAUAUUAAAGCAAUAAUAUUAAAUGUGCUUAGUACAAUAAUACUUCAUAAUAUCGAAGUCAUUUUUUUUUAAAUAGCUGUCAAUUAAUGUGUCAAUCUGUUGUUAGAGUUAACUAAGAUAUAUCCGCACCACGAAUCUCCUAACACAUAACAAUAUAAAGUUGAUUUAGUCAAUAUAGGCAUCCCAGUGAAAUAAAUUAGUCAGUAAACUGAAGUUAUGUAAAUAAAAGCUUGGAAUUAAGCUAUUUACUUUAUUCAUUUUUAAACGCAAUGUGCUUAUAAAAAACUGUCAUUUAAUUUUUUUAAUCUGUGCUAUAUUCAUAAUGUCAUUUUUAUGGGAUCCUAUUUCAAAUAACUGAACAAACAUUUUAAAUUAAUAGAAUUAAGAUGUUUAACGAAAAAAAAACUGUUUUAAACAAUAAUGAGAAUAUUUUUCUAUAAAUAUUUGAAUCGAUUCAAAAUAUAAAUGAUUACUUUUAAUUGUGGUUGAAUGACUUUUGCGGCUGUUAUUAUUUUUAAGUUCUGCAAUAUCUGGGAUGAAAUAUUGUAAAAAAAACUGUCGUAUUAGAUUGACAAUAUUAAAGGACAUACGGUGUAAUUAAUAUUAAAUGUAAAUUAUAAUUGUUAGAGCGCUGUAUAGUUGUUAGGUACACGUAAUGAAGUUCACAAUUUCCUAUCUUUAUUUGGUUUGGACUAUUUUAAAAAUGUACGAAUAUUUUUUGUAAUGCAUUCCAAAUAUUAAUUGAGAAGUACAAAUAAAAGUACAGUCUUUUUCAUUAAUUUGUCUAUUUUGCUACAGGGUGUUUCGUUUAUAUUUUUAUAAUUCCAUCUCAGAUAUACAGAAAUGUGUUCCAGUAUGACAAGUGAAUUGGUAGGCGCGAGCGCUUGCCGUGGCGUCUAUGAGCUUCGCCGUAGGAAAGUAAGGGUAAACGUAAAAGCUAGAUAAUGUAAUGUAUAAAACUGAUGUCUAAGGCGAUACUAAAAGUAUUGGAAGUGUUACAAAUUUGUAUUUAAAAAUCAUACUCUAUAUGGGUAAUUUGUUUCUAGUUUUAUUGCAUUUGCCUCAAUCAAUAUAUGUCUUACGAUAAGUUAUUCAAUGUAUGUUUGUCCAUAGUCCUUAAAAUUCAUAUAACCUUUUUUAAAGUGUACAACAUUCGCUUGAUUUUAAUUUUCAAGUUUUGACUAAUAACUCUGUAUAAAUCUAUAUAAAUAUAAAAAUUAAAUAUGCGUUGAAUGUGAAAUUCAUAAAACUAAAUGUGAUUAGAUUCUAUAAAACUGUUUAAUAAUUUUAUAAUUCUUAUAAGUGCUAAAUAAUUCAUAUUAGUCAAAUUCCAGAGUAUAUUCGAUUAUUAAUAUUACAGUAUUUCAUUUUUUUAUUAAAUCAUUUGAUCAUUAUCAGGUAAUCAAAUUGCAAGUUUGGUAUCUUUCUAUUUGUUCCAAGUGCCUUAUGACCAAAUUAAAUACAUUCCUACAUAUUAGUAAAGCCAAGGCUAAAUUGUUUUUGCAUUCAAUCUUUAUUAAUUAUUUCCAUAUAAUAAACGAUCUAAAUCUAAAGAUCCAUUUUAAAAUACAAAAUAUGUAGCAUUUAAAAAUAUUUAGACAUAUGUAUCCAAUUUCCAGUACUUAAUUAGUCUGUGAUAGAGUAUGUUUUAUUAUCUGUUGUAAUUAUAUUUAAUAGUUCAUUUAAUAAGUUUACCUGAA